GGGGCCGACCCGCAGCGCUGCAACGAGCUGCUGUUGCUGGCGGCAGCCGGGGGGCCGGAGAGGCGGGGUCUCCCCGGGGACUGGACGAAGGAAAAGCUGCCACCGCCGUCCCAGCACCACGUCCUCUAUUUCCCGGGGGAUGUUCAGAAUUAUCAUGAUAUCAUGACUCAUCACCCUGAGAAUUACCAGUGGGAACACUGGAGUCUAGAAAAUGUCGCCACCAUUCUAGCCCACCGGUUCCCCGGCAGUUAUAUUUGGGUGAUAAAGUGCUCCAGGAUGCAUUUGCAUAAAUUCAGCUGCUACGACAAUUUUGUAAAGAGCAACAUGUUUGGUGCCCCAGAACACAAUACAGACUUCGGAGCUUUUAAGCACCUUCGUAUGUUACUAGAUAAUGCUUUUAAUUUAACUCAAAACAAUCUGCUGUCAAAGAAGAACGUGAAUGUUUUGAAUAAGGAUUCCAAAUCAACCAAUUGUAGCUCCACUUCUUCUCACACUACUAAUGGUUGCCAGGGAGAAAAGGAGAGGACCUGUGAAAAUGCCGCGGAGUCUGCCAUGAGCUUUUAUCCACCGUCACUGGACGAUGCAUCUUUCACUUUGAUUGGAUUCAGUAAAGGGUGUGUCGUUUUGAAUCAGCUGCUUUUUGAAUUGAAAGAAGCCAGGAAAGACGAGAGCACAGACGCCUUCAUCAAAAGCAUAAGGACAAUGUACUGGCUGGACGGUGGCCAUUCUGGAGGAAGUAAUACUUGGGUUACGUAUCCAGAGGUCUUGAAAGAAUUUGCACAAACAGAGAUUAUUGUUCACACCCAUGUAACACCAUACCAAGUACAUGAUCCAAUGAGAUCGUGGAUUGGAAAGGAGCACAAGAAAUUUGUUCAGCUACUUGGUGAGCUUGGCAUGCAGGUAACUAACCAAAUUCAUUUUGCAAAGGAAGCGCCUUCCAUAGACAAUCACUUCAGGGUUCAUGAAGUAUUUUGAGAUCCAAGAAGAUUAAUCCACUUGUUCAGUGCAAUAGCAUAAGCACUUCGUUAAAAAAUUCACAUAACAAGAUGCAAAUUAAACGAUCAGUUUGGAAGAGGGAGAACACAUUCCUAACAAGAGUGCAACGUGCAGUAGUUGUUUUCUUUGGUUUACAUGUGAAGUUUUUAACGUGGACUGUCAGAAUUACAGUUACUUUGAAACCUAAGACAGUGGCUUGUGAUCAUCCUAUGAGGAAAUAAAAGAUCUGUAAAAGUGAAAGUUAUAGUCUAUAAAAGGCACUAAAAUUAUUAGUUAAUAGUUAAUUUUGGGUCAUGUGUAAUGUUUUACACUAAUUUUAGUGACAGUUAUUUUGGCAUCCAAAACUUUUAAGUGGAAAAACUAAAUUUUUCUUCAAACUAAACAAAGACACACAAAUGUUUUUUCAUGAUUUUGAAAUAACCACCCUGCUUUUUUUUGUAAACUACUGGACUUACUCUGUAACAUGUCGAUAAGUGUAUUUUUCUCCAGAGUUGAAAUAUUUGUUUCCAAAUAUAAGCCAAGAAUGCAGUGGUAUAAAAGUUUAUUUUAAAAAACAUAUUACACUUAAGUGCUGUGGCUUAAUUUUUAAUUGAGAACUUUUCUAUAACAUUUUUUGGGGUACUGUAAAUUUUGGACAACUGGUUUAAAUUGAGCAUAAUAUGUAUAAUGUGUCAAAAUAUACUACAAAGCAGACUUCAAAUCUCAGUUUUGAAAGAUAUCAACUUAGGUAAAAUAAAUAUAUAAUGCUUCAUUUGAAGAUUCCACAGAUCUAAAUCAGUGCUUCUCCAGAAGCGUGAUUUUGUUUGCCAGAAAACAACAGUUCUCUUUGGCCAAAAUGCAGAAUUACAUGGCUGUUAAGAAAAGUUCCAUGGGAAAGUUUGAAGACACAAAUGGCUUACUUAGUUUGGGCUCAGAAACGGAAUUUUCUUAAUACUGCUACCUAAUUUGGGUGAAGUGUCCUUCUGCCCAUUUGUUGUUUUGUUUUUCUUACUUAGAGAAGUACAUUUUGAGAGAUCAAGGUCGAAUGUCAGCCAACUUUGAAACAUAGCUGUACAAUUUUAAUAAAAGGAGAGGUGUAAUGUUCUGCAAGUCAUGAAAUAAACUGGGAAAUAACAUGCAGCUUUAGCACUGAACAUGACACCGAAGUAUAAUGAAAUAGAUAGGAAAGUAUUUUGUGCUUUCUUCCCAGAAUUACAUUUUAAUGACUAUAAUUAUAUUCCCAAUAGUCAAACUAUCUUACCAAAUGCUUUUUAAAAGUUUUUGUUUAACUUAAUUCUACAAACUAUAGAACAGUAUCUCUAAAUGUUUUGUUUCCACAAAGUAAUUUUGUAUUUCUUCAGAUUCUUUAAAUACCUGCAGUUUCUUUUGAGACCAAAAAUUUCUAUCAAUAAAGCAGGUCAGCCUGAUUUCUAGCCUUUUACAUACUACAGUGCCUUUAAGCACCAUAAGUGAUAGGGUGGCUGUUUUCAAUGUUUAAUACGUGGUUAAAUUCACAUUAUCUAACAUAAAAAUAGCUGAGUUUCUGAUGCUCUGGCGCAGUGCUUCUUGACCCUUUCAUACAGUUCCUCGUGUGGUGGUGACCCCCAGGCAUACAAUGAUUUUUGUUGCUGCA